AUGAAAAAUGUCAGACUUUCCCUUUUAAUUAUAGCUUUUUCUUUUAGUCUCCCUUUAUCUUUUGGCUUUUCCUUCUGUUUUAGAAUACCUUUCAAUUUCGGUUUUCCCUUCUCUUUUAGUGCCCCUUUCUCAUUUAGUGUCCCUUUUUCUUUUGACUUUCACUUCUCUUUUAGUGUCCCUUUCCUUUUUGAUUUUCCUUUCUCUUUUAGUGUCCCUUUCUCUUUUGGCUUUCACUUCUAUUUUAGUGUCCCUUUUUCUUUUAAUUUUCCUUUCUCUUUUAGUGUCCCUUUUUCUUUUGAUUUUCCUUUCUCUUUUAGUGUCCCUUUUUCUUUUGAUUUUCCCUUCUAUUUUAGUUGUCACUUUUUUCUUUUGAUUUUCCUUUCUCUUUUUUUUGUCCCUUUUUUCUUUUUGAUUUUCUUUUCUCUUUUAUGUCCUUUCCUUUUUGAUUUUCCUUUUAAAAUUUUAGUCCCUUUCUCUUUUGGCUUUCACUUCUAUUUUAGUGUCCCUUUUUCUUUUUUCAGUGUCCUUUUUUUUUUUGAUUUUUUCUUUUCUAGUUUACAGUGUCCUUUUCUUUUGAUUUUCCUUUCUCUUUUAGUGUCCCUUUUUCUUUUGAUUUUCCCUUCUAUUUUAGUGUCCCUUUUUCUUUUGAUUUUCCCUUUUAUUUUAGUGUCCCUUUUUCUUUUGAUUUUCCUUUCUCUUUUAGUGUCCAUUUUUCUUUUGAUUUUCCUUUCUCUUUUAGUGUCCCUUUUUCUUUUGAUUUUCCUUUCUAUUUUAGUGUCCCUUUUUCUUUUGACUUUCUUUUCUAUUUUAGUGUCCCUUUUUCUUUUGAUUUUCCUUUCUCUUUUAGUGUCCAUUUUUCUUUUGAUUUUCCUUUCUCUUUUAGUGUCCCUUUUUCUUUUGAUUUUCCUUUCUCUUUUAGUGUCCCUUUUUCUUUUGAUUUUCUCUUCUAUUUCAGUGACCCUUUUUCUUUUGAUUUUCCUUUCUCUUUUAGCAUCCCUUUUUCGUUUGAUUUUCCCUUCUCUUUUGAUAUUCCCCCUCUUUAUUGUCCUUUUCUCUUUUGAUUUUACCUUUUCUUUUAUUGUCCCUUUUUCUUUUGAUUUUCCUUUCUCUUUUAGUGUCCCUUUUUCUUUUGAUUUUCCCUUCUAUUUUAGUGUCCCUUUUUCUUUUGAUUUUCCCUUUUAUUUUAGUGUCCCUUUUUCUUUUGAUUUUCCUUUCUCUUUUAGUGUCCAUUUUUCUUUUGAUUUUCCUUUCUCUUUUAGUGUCCCUUUUUUUUUUUUAUUUUCCUUUCUAUUUUUUGUCCCUUUUUCUUUUGACUUUCUUUUCUAUUUUAGUGUCCCUUUUUCUUUUGAUUUUCCUUUCUCUUUUAGUGUCCAUUUUUCUUUUGAUUUUCCUUUCUCUUUUAGUGUCCCUUUUUCUUUUGAUUUUCCUUUCUCUUUUAGUGUCCCUUUUUCUUUUGACUUUCUCUUCUAUUUCAGUGACCCUUUUUCUUUUGAUUUUCCUUUCUCUUUUUUUACAUCCUUUUUUUCGUUUGAUUUUCCUUUUAGCUUUUUGAUAUUCCCCUUAUUUGUCCUUUUCUUUUUUGAUUUUACCUUUUCUUUUAUUGUCCCUUUUUCUUUUGAUUUUCCUUUCUAUUUUUUAGUUUCCAUUUUUCUUUUGAUUUUCCUUUCUUUUAGUGUCCCUUUUUCUUUUUUUUUUCCUUUCUAUUUUAGUGUCCUUUUUCUUUUGACUUUCUUUUCUAUUUUAAUGUCCCUUUUUUUAAUUGAUUUUUUUCUUUUCUCUUUUAGUUUGACCCUUUUUCUUUUGAUUUUCCUUUCUCUUUUAAAAUCCCUUUUUUUUUUUGAUUUUCCUUCUCUUUUGAUAUUCCCCCUCUUUAUUGUCCUUUUCUCUUUUGAUUUUACCUUUUCUUUUAGUGUCCCCUUUUCUUUUGAUUUUCCUUUCUCUUUUAGUGUCCCUUUCUUUUUUGCUACCCAACAUUAUUCUGCUUAA